UCCUAGUUGAAAUUGAAAAUCAUCUCCUCCAUUUGGCGUUUCUGGUUUAGUUCAAAUUCAAAACAUAAAUAAUUCACCUAAUUGGAUUUUUGUUUCUUGCUGUAAAGUGUAAAUACUUAUGAAAUGAAUGAGGACAUUUCAGAAGGACAAAUCCCAGAAAACGAGACUUUUCAAGCAAGUUCUGAUGAAGACGCAAUCCAUAGUCCUGUCUCUGAACCGAUAAUAAAUCAUAAGUGUAGAAUUUGCUGGCAACCAUCAGAGAAUACUAAAGUCCCUUUUAGUCCCUUAACAGCAUUUUUUGGCAAAGAGAGACCUCGAUUAACCAUAAAAAAAGUACUGCUUUUCUGUGUUCCAAAGCUAACAUUGAAAAAUAAGGAUUUUAUAUGCGAUAAAUGUUUUAAAUGUCUUGAAACUGUUUAUUCGUUUAUCAAACAAUGUCUUGAAACAGAGAGUCAGAUAUUAGGGUUAAAAGGAAGUAAGGGAACGGUAAUGGAUUUCUCAGAGAGUUUGCUCAGCAGUGACAAUGUAAAGCAGGAAAUGGAGCAGAGCUUAGAUACUUUACAAGCUACUGAAAAUAUACACAUCAAAAGUGAAUUUAAUCCUGAUUUGGAUGACAUCAAUGCCGUAAGUUCUGUUGGAUCCACAGUUCCUAUUUAUGAUGAAUCUGAACUGCCGGAUCAUAAAGAUCUGGCAAGUAUGGAUUAUAGUGAUUUUAAUGAAAAACAAAUAGAUGGUGAAUCGUCAUCUAAAGUACCAAAUGGAAUAUUAGACCUAUUUAAUUUUUCUUGCAAGAAUUCAAGAUGCUUAGUGGUAAAUAAAGAUAUUACCAAAGAAGAAACCAAAGACUUGGUUGAUAGUGGAAUUAAUGUUAUUCAGAUGUCGACUAACCCAAAUACGAAAAAGAGGGUCAUCUAUAUCGGAAGAGAUUUGGUGGAAUGUGUUAUACAGUGUCACUACUGCUCUAUUACAUUUUUUUCUGCGGCAGAAGCAGAAGACCAUAAUCUUGAACAUAAGAAAGGCAAUGUGAACCUUAAUGAAAAUAUUGCAGGCACAGAUAUUUUCAGGUGUCCUGAGUGUCCUGCUGAGUUUAUGAGUCAGACAGACUUUAGAAUUCAUUCUUAUUAUUUUCAUAAGGAGCCGAGACCAUUUGUUUGUCCGCAAUGCAAUAAGAGAUUUAGAACUCAUAAGGACCUACAAUCACACACCAAAUAUACCGUUAAGGGCUCACCGAGAUGUAAGCUUUUAUGUUCGAGAUGUGGCAAGGAAUUCAGUCGAAUGUCUGUGUAUGAAGAACAUAUGGAGAUAUCAGAGGCUUCAGCCAGUUGCGAUAUCGUCAAGUGCAAAACGUGUGGAGAGUCGAUGGCGAAGACGAUAUUAAACGAGCACAUGCAAACUUAUCAUGAAACGACGAGUAGUGCCCUCUGUUCGGUGUGCGGAAAAUGUCUUCCUAACACUAAAGUUUUAUCGAAGCACAUGUCUGUGGCCCACUCGAAAAGUUCAGGUCUCCCAUGUCCAAAGUGUGACCGGAGGUUUAGUCAAAAGAGUAAUCUUACCAAGCACUUAAACACUGUACACGGACAAUUCAUACACACAUGCGAUCAGUGUCCUCGUAAGUUUAAACACCAUAAGUAUUUAAGCAGGCACGUGGAGGUACAACAUAAAAACAAGGAAGAAACUAAAGACGCUUCUGUAACAUGUGAUAAAUGCGGCCUUAUGUUUAAGUACAUCACUGGUUUACGGCAGCACAUCAGAAACAUUCACGAAGGAAUCAAAGAAUUCGGGUGCGACCUAUGCGGUGAACGCUUUGCAAGAGCCGAUUACCUGUUGCGCCACAAAAACCACCACGACCUCUACAUGCAACACGUUUGUGAAAUAUGUAAAACCAGUUUUAGAACCGAUUGGUGUCUACGGUCCCAUAUGCUAGUCGGCCACGACGAAGACGGACGCCCUUUGAAAAAAAAUGCAUCUCGUCGGCAGUUCGCUGUAGACGGCGAAGAUAACAGUGAGUACAAAAUUUCGAAGGAAACUGGUAAACGAUAUAAAUUAUCAAAAAGCGAGACGCCUAAAGUUUGUCCGAUAUGUCAGAGGGUUCUGAGUAAUGCGCAGACGUUAAGGAAGCAUUAUAGGGGCCAUCUAAAACUAUUACAGAAAAAAUGCCCAAAGUGUGACACUUAUUUCUCGAGCCCGAGUAAUUUAUCAAAACACCUAAAGCGACACGAUGAUCCCAGAUUCGAUUUGCGAUGCCGAAUUUGCCACGUAAUUCAAGAUAGCAAAGAAGAUUUGGAAGUACAUAUGGAAAAAAAUCAUAAAGACAUGAAACACAAGUGCCAUAUUUGUAAAGAAGGUUUCGGCAGAAAACACAUUCUCACCAAUCACAUCCUUUCGAAACAUCCCGAGGAGUAUGAGAAGCGUCAAGAGCUUUUCUCGUUGCUGGUUAGUCAGGAAGUUGAGGAUGUUCCGAUAAAGACUUACCAGUCUAAGCGAGUGAUCGGUGAAAAAAGUAAAUUCACUGAAAAAGAAGUCGAAAAAUUCUUAAAUAAAGUCAUCGGAGUUAAUAACGAAUUGGAUUAUUCUAAGGAGGAAGAACAGGAACAAGAAAAAGAACUACAAGAAGAUCAAAGCCUUACAGAUGAACUGGAAGAAUGUAAUGUUUUUGAUGGGGGUUCUGACUUAAAUGAAGAAUUGUGACCGGAGAUAAAUGAAGUGUUAGAAAACGAGUGUUAAUUGCCUUAUUUUUAGUGAUAUUUUUUAAGUAUAAGGAAUGUCAAGUAUUCAUUAAAUAGUUAAAUAAU